UUGUAGUGUAAGAAGCGAGAGUUAAGAACAAGGCGUGCUUUGGUUUGUCUACCAAAAAAAAGGGCGUGCUUUGCUUGGCGCUUGGAAAGAGGGUAGAGACAGAGAAAGAGAAAGCGAGACAGAGGGAGGGAGGAUAUAAUAGUGAGAGAGAGUUGCAGAGUGAGAGAGAAGUGAGGAGUCACAGCGAAGCAAACAGAAUUUGGUGAGUUGUGUUUUUUAACGGCGAUUUAGUCGAAGGAUUUGUGCAAAUAUAAAAGCUAGGAAUUGGGAUCACAACGCAUUUCUCCUUCGAAGUUUCCACUCCCAACAGAUCAGCCAUGGAGUGGCCAGCUUGUACGAACGAAUAUGAAAAGCUUCUAAGACGGAUGAACACACCCAGGGUUGCCAUUGACAAUGCUGUCUGUCCCACAGCGACUCUGGUCAAGGUUGAUAGUGCCAGAAGGCAUGGUAUACUAUUGGAUGCAGUGCAAGUGCUCACUGAUUUGAACCUUUCAAUUAAAAAGGCCUAUAUUUCCUCCGAUGGAAAGUGGUUCAUGGAUGUUUUUCAUGUAACGGAUCAACAAGGAAACAAGCUAACAGAUGAGAGCGUUAUAAAAUACAUCGAACAGUCAUUGGGAAGUAUUCACAAUGAGAGAACCAAUCACUCAAACGGUCUCACUGCUUUGGAAUUAACCGGUACAGACCGAGUCGGCCUUCUAUCGGAGGUGUUCGCAGUGCUAGCUGAUCUUCAAUGUGAUGUUGUUGAGGCUAAAGUUUGGACUCACAAUGGACGCAUUGCAUCCCUAAUCUAUGUUAAAGACUGUGAUUCUGGUUCCACCAUUGAGGACUCCCAGAAAAUAAAUAGGAUUGAAGUGAGGUUGAGAAAUAUUUUGAAGGGAGACAAUGACAUUAGAAGUGCCAAAACCACUGUUGCUCUGUCUGUCAUGCACACGGAAAGAAGGCUGCAUCAAAUGAUGUUUGCCGACCGUGAUUAUGAGAGAACUCCCAUUCUCAAGUUUACUUCUGAUUCUCCUUUAGUGACUGUUCAGAAUUGGGCCGAAAGGGGUUAUUCGGUUGUGAAUGUCCAGUGCAAGGAUCGAAUCAAGUUAUUAUUCGAUCUUGUAUGCAACUUGACAGACAUGGAAUAUGUUGUGUUCCAUGCAACUAUUACCACUAAUGGUGACCAAGCCUACCUGGAGUUUUACAUAAGACAUAAGGAUGGCACUCCAAUUAGUUCAGAACCAGAGCGGCAACGAGUAAUCCAAUGCUUAAAGGCUGCAGUUGAGAGAAGGGCAUCUGAGGGUGUUCGACUAGAGCUGUGCGCAGAAGAUAAACAGGGGCUUCUAGCAGAGGUGAUGAGAAUUUUCCGAGAGAAUGCGCUGAAUGUGACAAGGGCAGAGAUAUCCACCGCAGGAAACAUGGCCACAAAUGUGUUCUAUGUGACGGACGCCAUUGGAAACACAGCCGAUCCAAAAAUAAUCGAAUCUGUUAGGCAAUUAAUCGGGUUAAGCAAUUUGGAAGUGAAGGAGUUGCCAUUGCUAUGGCAUCAGAAGGAAGAGAGAGAGGAUCAAACAGUUGGUGGAGCUGUGUGGCUUUCUAUUGGGAGCCUUGUGAGAAGGAAUUUGUACAAUUUGGGACUAAUCAAAUCAUGUUCUUAAGGAGUAGUUUUAAAGCAUAAUAAUACAAAUUCUUUUCUUGACGAGGAUCGGACUGUGUACAUAAGAAGGUUAAAGGUGGAAUUUGGUAGUUAUAGUUAGUUGGGUUGGGUAUGGUAGGUGGAAAGAGAUGGGUAUCUUGUACAGCUGGAAGAGAUUGGGACUCCUUACCAUUUUAAAUGCUUUGUGAUGGAAAAGGAAAGGCUCGAGUUAAGAGAUACUGGUUCCCUGGCCUUGUCGUUGAGGAAGGCUGUGAUAUGAAAGUAUGCGGGUGGAUUCUUGGUGGUAAAGAUAAGUUUAGGAAAUUAGGUUCGUUAUUCAUAGAGCACUUAGUUCAUUUGUAUAUAGUGUACAUGCCAACUGGUUACUUUAUUAAUAUAUAAUAUGAAUAUGAAAUGAAUGUUAGUGGUGAGAAAUUCCAAUUUUUAUAAAAGAAACACUAUUUGGAUUUUACAGUCUGUAUAUAUGGAAU